CUGGUAAACGUCGGCCCUACGCAUGCGCACACAAUCGAUAGUAAACAAAAAUGGCUGCCCGUAAAUUCACAACCGAAGAUAUUGAAGCACACAUACAAGACAUCCAGAACCGGAAGGCUAGCUUAAAGCCCCCCCCACCUCCAGAAGGUUCAGCCAAGGAUGAUGAGCGUGUGAUGCUAGAUGGUGGUGGCUACUAUGACAGAGACAUUUAUGAUAUCUCUAAUGGAAAUAAAUAUGCAAAUUAUGUCCAGUCAAUUGGCGUGGAUGACAUUGAUGACGAUGAAGAUGACGGAGGAACAACUCUUGGCAAGAAAGGAGGGGGUGGCACUUACACUGCCCCACGGCUCUUCCUCAAUGAGAUGGUUGAUAAAGAUCAUGACCCUAUGGCACAAUACAAGCGACCUACAAUAGCAGAUAGAGAGGAUAAUUAUCGUGCUCGUCGUCAAAUGCAAGUCAUUUCCCCAGAAAGGAAUGAUCCUUUUGCUGAUGGAGGCAAAACACCUGACAUGAAUGCGCGAACCUAUGCACACAUCAUGCAGGAAACACGUCUGAAAGGAGAAGAAGCCCUUAUCCGGAAAACAAUUCAGGAGAGAGCAAAGGAAGGAACUCUUCAAGCUGUGGCAACCAAUGGUGAUGCACCAAAAGCUGCUCCAAGAAAGCGAGGCCGUUGGGAUCAGACAGCUGAUGAAACACCACAACCAAAGAAAAAGACAACAUGGGAAGCCGAAACUCCUUCUGUUGCUCGUUGGGAUGAGACUCCAGGUCGAGCCAAAGGAAGUGAGACACCUGGUGCCACACCAGGACAGAGCACUCGUAUGUGGGAUGCCACACCAGGCCAUGCAACACCUGGCCAUGAAACACCUGUUCAUGACAAGGCUACUCCUUCAGCUCGACGAAAUCGGUGGGAUGAGACGCCAAAAACAGAUCGUGGAGAAACUCCUGGACAUAACAGUGGCUGGGCUGAAACCCCUCGAACUGACCGUGGAGCUAGUGACCUCAUACAAGAAACCCCAACUCCAAGUGCCAGCAAGCGGCGCUCAAGAUGGGAUGAAACUCCAGCCGCACAAACUCCUGGUGCCACUCCAUCAGGAGCUAUGACCCCAUCAACACCCCACACACCUAGUAUGACUCCAGGAAUGAUGACUCCUGGGGGUAUAACUCCUGGAGGUACAACACCUGUUGGGCCAAAGGCUAUUGGUAUGGCUACUCCAUCACCAGGACAGUUGGUAAAUAUGACACCAGAACAGAUUCAUGCUUUCAGGUGGGAAAGGGAAAUUGAUGAGAGGAAUAGGCCCAUGACAGAUGAAGAACUUGAUGCUCUAUUUCCUCCUGGGUAUGAAGUGCUACCACCACCUCAGGGUUAUGUUCCUAUAAGAACACCUGCACGUAAAUUAACAGCUACUCCAACACCAAUGAUAGGAACCCCUCAAGGAUUCUACAUGCAGAAGGAGGGCAUGACGCCAAAGCAUGACGACUCACAGCCCAAAGGUAAUUUGCCCUUACUGAAACCUGAAGAUGCCCAGUACUUCGAUAAACUUCUGCAAGAUGUUGAUGAGGAGAGCCUAAGCCCAGAAGAGCAAAAGGAAAGGAAAAUAAUGAAAUUGCUUCUCAAAAUAAAGAAUGGAACUCCUCCAAUGCGCAAAGCAGCACUACGCCAGAUUACAGAUAAAGCAAGAGAGUUUGGUGCAGGGCCUCUCUUUAACCAGAUCCUUCCCUUGCUAAUGUCCCCAACACUGGAGGAUCAAGAACGACAUCUUUUGGUCAAAGUUAUUGACAGAGUUCUCUACAAACUUGAUGACCUGGUACGCCCUUAUGUUCAUAAGAUUCUUGUGGUCAUUGAACCUCUACUUAUUGAUGAAGAUUAUUAUGCUCGUGUAGAAGGUAGAGAGAUCAUUAGUAAUUUGGCCAAAGCUGCUGGAUUAGCAACCAUGAUUUCCACAAUGAGACCUGAUAUUGAUAACAUUGAUGAAUACGUGCGUAACACUACUGCCCGAGCCUUUGCUGUUGUGGCUUCUGCCCUUGGCAUUCCAUCUUUGCUACCAUUUUUAAAGGCUGUCUGUAAGAGCAAAAAGUCAUGGCAGGCACGGCAUACUGGUAUUAAAAUUGUACAGCAGAUUGCCAUCUUGAUGGGUUGUGCAAUUUUGCCACAUCUCCGUUCCCUUGUUGAAAUUAUUGAACAUGGACUUGUUGAUGAGCAACAGAAGGUGAGAACUAUCACUGCCCUUGCCUUGGCUGCACUGGCAGAAGCAGCAACACCUUAUGGUAUUGAGAGUUUUGAUUCUGUUUUGAAGCCUCUGUGGCGUGGUAUCCGACAACACCGUGGCAAGGGUCUUGCUGCCUUUUUGAAAGCUAUUGGUUAUCUGAUCCCACUUAUGGAUGGAGAGUAUGCUGACUACUAUACAAGGGAAGUGAUGUUGAUCCUCAUUCGAGAAUUCCAAAGUCCUGAUGAAGAAAUGAAGAAGAUUGUGUUGAAGGUGGUCAAACAGUGUUGUGCCACAGAUGGUGUUGAACCAGGAUAUAUUAAGGAGGAGAUCCUGCCCCACUUCUUCAAGCACUUUUGGAACCACAGAAUGGCUCUCGAUAGGCGAAACUACCGCCAGCUAGUCGAUACAACUGUUGAGAUUGCAAAUAAAGUUGGGGCAUCUGAGAUUGUUAACCGUAUUGUAGAUGAUUUAAAGGAUGAAAAUGAGCAGUACCGUAAAAUGGUAAUGGAAACAAUUGAAAAGAUUAUGGCUAACUUAGGUGCAGCAGACAUUGAUUCUCGACUCGAAGAACAGUUGAUUGACGGUAUUCUUUAUGCAUUCCAGGAGCAGACUACAGAAGAUGUUGUUAUGCUCAAUGGAUUUGGUACCAUUGUUAAUGCUCUUGGAUCACGUGUCAAGGCUUAUCUUCCUCAAAUUUGUGGUACUAUAUUGUGGCGCCUGAAUAAUAAAUCGGCCAAAGUUCGUCAACAAGCUGCAGAUCUGAUAUCUCGCAUUGCAGUAGUAAUGAAAACAUGUCAGGAAGAGAAACUGAUGGGACAUUUGGGUGUUGUGCUGUAUGAAUAUCUUGGUGAAGAAUAUCCAGAAGUUCUUGGGUCCAUUCUUGGUGCUUUGAAAGGUAUUGUGAAUGUUAUUGGAAUGCACAAAAUGAACCCUCCCAUCAAAGAUCUUCUCCCACGUCUUACUCCCAUUCUGAAGAACAGACAUGAAAAGGUACAAGAAAAUUGUAUUGACUUGGUAGGACGCAUUGCCGACAGAGGACCAGAGUAUGUGAGUCCUCGUGAAUGGAUGAGAAUUUGCUUUGAAUUGUUAGAACUUCUUAAAGCACACAAAAAAGCCAUCAGAAGAGCAACGGUAAACACAUUUGGUUAUAUUGCCAAAGCUAUUGGUCCUCACGAUGUGCUUGCUACAUUACUAAAUAACCUUAAGGUUCAAGAGCGACAAAAUCGAGUGUGUACAACAGUGGCUAUUGCUAUAGUCGCUGAAACAUGUUCCCCAUUUACAGUUCUCCCAGGUCUUAUGAAUGAAUACAGAGUUCCUGAACUGAAUGUCCAAAAUGGAGUUCUGAAGUCCCUUUCUUUCCUUUUUGAAUACAUUGGUGAAAUGGGGAAAGAUUAUAUUUAUGCUGUCACAUCACUUCUGGAAGAUGCUCUCAUGGACAGAGAUUUAGUGCACAGGCAGACUGCAUGUGCAGCCAUCAAACAUAUGGCCAUUGGCGUUUAUGGUUUUGGUUGCGAAGAUGCAUUGAUUCACUUGUUGAAUUAUGUAUGGCCAAAUAUUUUUGAGACAUCACCUCAUCUGGUCCAAGCUUUCAUGGACAGCAUUGAGGGACUCAGGGUGGCCCUAGGACCACAGAAGAUUCUUCAGUAUGUGUUGCAGGGGCUUUUCCACCCAGCAAGAAAAGUACGAGAUGUGUAUUGGAAAAUUUACAACAAUUUGUAUAUUGGCGCUCAAGAUGCUCUUGUUGCAGGGUAUCCACGGAUAUUAAAUACAGGCAACAACAUAUACUCCAGGGAUGAGCUUGAUUAUAUCUUGUAGUUGAUUUCUUUGUGAAAUGAUAUUCAAUGAAAAUGUUUGGUUAUUUUCUUACAAAGUUGUUUGUGUCUGUGUUUCGGGAUGGCUGUUUCCUUGUGUACAUGUAUACAUGCACAUUUCUGCACAGUUUUACUCUCUCUCUCUCUCUCUCUCUCUCUCUCUCUCUCUCUCUCUCUCUCUCUCU